UAUAUAGAUUACAUAAGCAUUCAAAAAAUGGUGUGUUAUAAGCUUCUUGUUGUUUUGUUUGUUGGUGCAUUUGUGAUUUGCAGUAGUACUAGUAGUAGUGCCAGGAUGCUUACGGGUGGGUUUGAAGAUGAGAAAACACUGUUUCAUCUUCGUCCGAGAUUCGGUGGUGGUUUAGGAGGUGGAGCUGGAUUUGGUGGGGGUGCUGGUGCUGGAAGUGGUGGUGGACUAGGUGGAGGGUUUGGAGGUGGAAUAGGUGGGGGUGCUGGAUUUGGAUUUGGAGCUGGAGGUGGAGGUGGACUUGGGGGUGGUGUUGGAGCUGGUGCCGGUGGUGGGUUUGGUGGAGGAGCUGGCGGAGGUGGUGGGUUAGGAGGUUUCCCUUGAAGUCAUGCUGAAAAUCGUUCCGAACAUAUUAUAUUCUAAUAACUUAAUGAGUAUUACAAUAAGUUCAAUUAUUCAACAAUCAUAAAUGUAUUUUAUUUAAUGUUUGGAAUAUUUUACAAUAUGAA